AUGAUUUUAGCUAUUCUGUUGAUCUUAGACGACUGUUAUUUUUGCUUGAAUAUUAAAUUGGCGUCCAAUGUUUCUCCUAAUAAUACUUUCAAUUCGGCUGUGGCGACAUGGUACGGGGACCGUGUUGGAUCUGGAAGUGGAGGAGCAUGCGGUUUGGAAAAUGAUGUGGCAAAUCCUCCCUACUAUGGCAUGAUUUCUGCAGGAAACAACAAUUUAUUUAAAUACGGAAAGGGUUGUGGGAGUUGUUUUCAGGUGAAAUGCACACAAAAUGCAGAAUGUUCAGGAUAUCCAAUUACAGUAACAAUCACAGAUGAGUGUCCUGGUGCCUGUAAUAACGAUCCCGUCCACUUUGACUUAAGUGGAAAAGCAUUUGGAUAUUUAGCAAAGCCUGGGCAAGGUGACGCUUUGCGGUGUAAGGGAAGGAUCAACAUUGAAUAUCAAAGGGUGCAAUGCUACUACAACAACACAAGUAUAGUAUUUAAGAUCGAUAGAGGCUCCAACCCGUACUAUCUAGCUUUUGCACUUGAAGGUGUCAAUGGGGAUGGAGAGAUUGGAUCCAUGGAGUUAUUACCUUCAAGUUCAGGGCGACCGCUAUAUAUGCAGCAAGUUUUUGGUGCAACUUGGAAAGCCGAUAUACCUAUUGGAAUAACCGGUCCUUAUUCUGUGAGGAUAACGAGUCUUCAAUCCGCAAGAACAAUUACAGCAUACAAUUCAAUUCCGGCUGAUUGGCAUCCAGGGAAAUACUAUAUUUCGAACGUUAACUUCUAA